UAGCUACGAAAUCGUCCGGCGGAAUGGCGGCAUCAUGGAAAACCGUCAGUCCUAGGUUGGCAGCAUUCUGAACAUCAUGAGUGAAGAACUCAUUCCACACAGGCUCGGACGUCUUUGGUUUUGUUGUAGAUCUGUCCAAAUGAUUUUCAUCCACAUCUAUGGCCACAUAGGGAUCGAUAUGAUCCCAUAACCCUAAACGUGUUUGAAAAUCUGUAGGUCUCAACCCGCAAGCCUCGCAUAGUUUCACCCGUACGGUUCCGCUGAACAUUGGCGUCGACUAACCAAAUACGCUCUUGAAACUCUUCAGCAGAACCCACAGGUCACUCAGGUAACUACUAAAUAUUCCACAAACCACAUAGGUAAACUAACAAAAUCACUUUAUAAAACAAGACUGCUGACAGUCAUGAAGGUCGAUUUUGAUAAAAAUUCACUGUACUACUGUAAUUAGCAAUCCCACAAUGCCUUUCGUUACAUCACAAAUCGCAGCAGAUCAGAAUCAGAUAUUCAAGAUGGCUUCGGUAGGGCGUAUGGUGAUGCGCAGUGCACUAAAUUUGCGAUUUUUGAGUUCGGUCAGCCCGAAUAUUUCCGGUUCGCCGGCAGAAAGUGUUGCAAUCAGUGAUGAUUGUGUGAAGAGAUUGAAAAAGAUUUCCGAGGAUGGCACAUUUUUACGUGUGGUUGUUGAAGGAGGAGGCUGUUCAGGAUUUCAAUACAAAUUCGAAUUGGAUAAGAACGUUACAGAAGAGGACAGGGUAUUUGAGAAAAAUGGAGCAAAAGUAGUAGUUGACAGCACUUCCCUGGAAUACAUAAAAGGUUCUACGAUCGACUACCAUGAAGAACUGAUCCGUUCUGCCUUUAGAGUUACUAAUAACCCAGUAGCAGAGGAAGGAUGCUCGUGUGGAGCUUCAUUCAACAUUAAAAUCUAAUCACCUUUUUAUUUAAAUAGAAAUUUCCUAAUUUCUCAUUUUAAAUUGUAUAAGUAUUAUGAUGUAAAAAGUUUAUAUAGAGUUUAGAUUUGACUGACUAUUUUUAUAUUCCCGUUAUUAAAAACUGAAAUAGAAAGCUC